AUGGCCAAUUUGGUCAAUUUAGUCAAUUUGGUCAAUUUGGUCAAUUUAGUCAAUUUGGUCAAUUUAGUCAAUUUGGUCAAUUUGGUCAAUUUGGUCAACUUGGUCAAUUUGGUCAAUUUGAUCAAUUUGGUCAAUUUGGUCAACUUGAUCAAUUUGGUCAAUUUGGUCAAUUUGGUCAAUUUGGUCAAUCACCCCAACGUCAAAUUUCAUUACAUUUCAUUUGUUAUUCCUCUUAUUUGA